AUGCGCUGCGUCACCAUCACAGUCCUCGGCCUCGCGGCCAUUGCCUCCGCAACAUGGGACGGCCAAUUCAGCUACCCUCCUGGCAUUGAGCCUCUGGCCCUGGCCAACGGUAACGUCGACUUCAACAUCAAGACCUUCGGUCCCAUGACGGGCCCGCCAGAGGACUGCAUCUCCGUCUGGCACCCGCCGCACCCGGACGUCUACAUCGACGAUUGUGACAGCGACAAGGAGCACGGCUGGCACUGGAUCCACCCGGGCAAGCCCAAGUGGUGGGGCAAACCGGGGAAGGACAAGGACCACGACAAGCCUGGCAAAGACAAGGACCACGACAAGCCCAAGCAUCCGCACCAGCCAUGUGACAAGUGCAACGACACCGCGCAGCCUCAACCAACCACCACUCCCCAAUGGAAAUGGACCACCUCAACCAUCACCCAAACCGCAGUCUCCACCGUUUUCAGCUGUCCACCCACUGUUCCUGACUGCCCCGCCAAUGGCGGAGGCACAAUGUACACGACCGUCACCGUCCCGGCCGUCGUAACUAUCUGCCCUGUGCCCGUCGAGCCGAACCCCGGCCCGACGACGCCGCCGGCAGCCCCCCGGCGCCCACCACGCCGCCUGCUGAGCCCCCCUCCUGAGGUCCCUCCGGUGCCGUCUAGCCCGGCCGAGGCCCCGCCAGCCACGACCACCAAGCCUGAUAUCGGCACUGUCACAAGGCCCAACCCGACUGCGACCACGAGCCGCGCCGUCGUCACUGCUGGCGCUGCUCAGAACGUCCAGCGGGCAGGCGGCGUCGUGGUCGCCGCCGUUGCAGCUGUUGCAGCCCUUAUCUAG